AUGGAACUGCUAGCAUCGGAGCUUCAUGGCGUGGAGGCUCUUCGUUUCGGGGAAUUCGUGCUCAAGAGCGGUCUCGUGUCCCCAGUCUAUGUGGAUCUUCGUGUCAUCGUGUCGCACCCGACCCUGCUCAACCGAGUAGCGCAUUUUCUCUUUCAAACAACAAAAGAUGCUGGAAUCAGCUAUAACUGUGUGUGUGGAGUUCCAUACACAGCUUUGCCACUGGCUACAAUCAUCUGUUCAACCAACCAGAUCCCAAUGCUUGUACGCAGAAAGGAAGCUAAAGAGCAUGGUACCAAACGCAUAGUGGAAGGUAUCAUAAAUUCGGGAGAAACUUGUCUCAUCAUUGAGGAUGUGGUCACCACUAGCUCAAGUAUCUUGGAAACAGCAGAAGUUCUUCGUAAAGAGGGAUUGAAGGUCACUGAUGCUGUUGUGCUGUUGGACAGAGAGCAGGGAGGAGGAGCCAUGCUGGAGAAAAAUGGGAUUCGCUUACACUCAGUAUGUACCUUGACUAAGGUGCUCAGGGUCCUUGAGCAACAGAAAAAAGUUGCUUCUGCGAUGGUGACAAAGGUAGAGAAAUUCAUUCAGGAAAAUGUUUGCAAUCCUUCUGAGCAAAAUGGUACUACUCUGAUAAAAAGAACGUGCAAAGAAAUGAGUUUUGGGGCUCGGGCUGAGCUGCCUGGCACACAUCCCCUUGCUGCCCGGCUUUUUAGGCUCAUGGAGAAAAAGCAGUCCAACUUGUGCCUUUCUGCUGAUGUAACCAAGUCCACAGAAUUGCUCCAGCUGGCUACUGUUCUGGGCCCAUCCAUCUGUGUCUUGAAAACUCACAUAGAUAUUCUGGAGGAUUUCACCCUACAAGUAAUAAAAGAAUUAAGAGAUCUUGCGGAUAGGCAUGAAUUCUUGAUAUUUGAAGACCGGAAGUUUGCAGACAUUGGAAACACAGUGAAGCAUCAGUAUGAAGGAGGUGUCUUCAAAAUAGCAUCUUGGUCGGAUAUAGUUAACACCCACGUUGUUCCUGGUCCUGGAGUGGUUAAGGGACUGAAAGCAGUAGGUCAGCCUUUACAACGAGGGUGUCUUCUGGUUGGGGAGAUGAGCUCAGAAGGUUCUCUGGCUACUGGUGAAUAUACAAAAGCUGCUGUUAAAAUGGCUGAAGAAUACUCUGAUUUUGUUCUGGGUUUUAUUUCUGGCUCCAGAAUUGUUGAAAAACCUGAAUUCCUUUACUUGACUCCUGGUGUUCAGAUGCAAGCUGGAGGUGAUAGCCUUGGGCAGAAGUACCUGAGUCCUCAAGAAGUGAUUGGUAAAAAAGGCUCUGAUAUCAUAAUUGUAGGACGAGGCAUCUUGUCUGCGCCCAGUCAUCUGGAGGAAGCAGAGAUUUACAGGAAAGCAGCAUGGGAGAGCUAUUUGCAGAGAAUUGGCAUGAGCACACAAGUUUGAUACAAGCUGUGGAUCCUAUUAAGUAUCUCAAUCCAAAACAUUCCUAGAAAUUGGAAUAAUUUCGAAGGCCUUUCUUUUUUUGUGUUCAAUAUUUGGUUAUAUUAAAAGACAUCUGCCACUGAUUAUGCACUUGGGGAUUGGUAUGCAGAUUGCAGUUGUGACAACUGGUCACACUUGACAAUGUGAAUUCAAAUAGGUCGCUUAUUUGUCUACUCCCAAAGUUCUGCUAUUUCUUCAUUUAAAACAAAUAAAAAAUUAAUGCACUCUUGAUGGUACUAAUAGGAUUUAUUUUGCUUGCUUCAGUCUCUGCCCAUUGACUCUGGAAACAUGCAGGUGCAAUAAAUCAUGAGAACAAAGAAAACAAGAAAAUCUUGAUCACACAUCAUGUAAGUUUUACUGAAACAUCUUACUGUUCUCAUUUGCCUAAGGACCGAAUGGAAUAUAGUUGGCUGUGAGCCCUAGAGCUAUUCCCUUAUCUGUCCUUUGAUUGCAUUCAGAUAUCACGUGAAGCCAACCUUAGGCACGGAACUGACUUUUUGCCAUACUUGUGUACACCCCUUCUGCUCCCCCUUCAUAUG